AACAUUGAACAAUUACAAUAUCGCAAAACUGAAAAGUCGGGAAAUCCAAACAUCAAAAAAUCAAAAAUAAAAAAUCGAAAAAACUUUCACCAGUCCACUGAUGAUUUGGUGUUCGUCCAGACUACCGUUAACGUAGUUCACAAGGAAAAAGGAGGGAGAGCCACCAUCCCCUAUUGCGUUUGCGGAUGAACUGAAGUGAGGGGUAAGACGGAGCAUUAGCCCCGCACGUGUCCAUAAGGGAGGGUAUUCUAUGAGGUUGCCUUUCUUUUUAACAUCUACUCACUAGUCACGUAUUUGAGUUUAAAACGGCCAAAAUAAUUUAGUCCAACAAGCGUCUGCGCUAAUAAAAAGACGAUAACGAUGAACCCAUCGCAAAAACGAGACAAAAACGCGCUACAAAGUCGACAGUUCCUCCAAAUGUUUCCAACACAAAGUGAAAUUACGUUUGUUCAAAAUGACUGCAAACGUGACGUGCUGCAGGAUCAGUACAACGAGAUACUAUUCAAAGUCCCACCACCCUUACGAGACAAUUUCAGAAUUCUGUGUACCAACUACAUCGGAAUCAGUCCGUUUUCCUUUGAGAACAUAGAGUACAAACCAAUAUUCAGACAAGACAAGUACUGCUUCUACUAUUCACUGAAAGUGCGAUAUUGUACAUUCUAUCUACACUGGGAUGUAAUUUUCGACCCCCUGCGUCUAAAUGACGUCCCGGACUUCAUUUUCCAUAACGAUUUUUUCCAAUUCUACACCACUAAGGAAGAAUUUUUAACGCGUUAUGUACCUUCUCGGGAUCAGUGGGAUGUGAACAACGCAUUUUCUUUGCUCACGUUGUUAAUAGAGUUCCAUGAUUUGUAUAGAAGGGUUUGUGUGGCAGAUCUGCGCAGCGUAUGUUUGCAGUUUAAGUUACUCCAAAACACAACAGACUACCUCCUAAACGAUUCUAACUUUUCAGUUUUCAAGGUUUUAGGUUUUUCGAUUUCUCGACUUUUCAGUUCUUCUAUCUCAAUUUUUCAAUUUUCGGAAUUUUAAAAUUUUUGAUUAUCAAUUUUUUUUAUUUUUCGAUUUUCCAUUU